CAUUGACCUCAUUAUCAAGAUUCAGAUCUCAUCCCAGGGACUGUAACCUUUACAACUUCACUUCACCAACACGAGGAAUUAAAGCAGCCAGACAGGAUGGCUGAUACACCAAGCGAACCACCUCCUGACUAUGAAAAGUCCACCGCCACUCAGGGCACCCCUCAGCGGCCCUUACGGAAAGGUCCUAUACCGCUAGAACUCCCAAUUCUUAAGCACCUCAACGGCAAGAGAGUGAUUCUUGCAUCUGCCUCACCACGAAGAAAGGCAUUGCUACAACAGUUUGGCCUCACAAACCUUGAGAUUCUCCCAUCCACCAAACCCGAGAAUCUCGACAAAGCUGCACUAGGUCCUUACGAGUAUGUAGCUGCAACUGCUCACCAGAAGUGUAUGGACGUUUAUACUACCGCACUUGAAGUUCAUCUGAAAUCUAUACCGGAUCCUGAUCUCGUCAUCGCUGCGGACACUGUUAUCGUUACCAAGGAUGGUCGAAUUCUGGAGAAGCCUCGAAGUGAAGCUGAUCACAUUCGCAUGCUCAAGCAUCUGCGAGACCAGAGAAUGCACAAGGUCUUGACGUCGAUUGUAGUUAUCGCCCCAAGAGAAGACGCGAGACAUCCGGGCUAUGUCAUCGACACCUACACAGAAGAGACCAAGGUGUACUUCUUGAGUGAAUCUGAGGGCCUUCCUGAUGAUGUGAUUGAGGCGUAUGUCAAGACUCGUGAAGGUGCGGAUAAGGCUGGUGGCUACGCUGUUCAGGGUGUGGGCGGCAUGUUGCUUGUUGAGAAGAUCGACGGAAGUGUCGACAAUGUCGUUGGACUUCCAGUAAGAAAAUGCAUGGCUAUGGCGGAGAAGGUCAUAUUCAGACAGGAAGAGGAGGACUUUGAAGGUGAAGGCGAGGAAGAGGACUAGGUGCUGAGUAAGAAUAGAGGAUACCAGGAAAAUAGAAUGGAUACUCAUGCAAUUUAACGAGCUACACAAAUGUGGCUUGACCAGUCCCUAUUUUCUCAGUCGUUUUAUUUCUAUAUGGC